AUGAAUGCAAUUCAGGAGGAUGUCAUCCUUAAAAUUCAAGAAUUAAGGGAAGAUUUGAUAAAAGAAGUUGCUACUUUAGAUCACAAUUAUUCUACACUUCACAAUAAGGUUGAUGUUAAGAGCUUUAGGAAUGUUGAACACUUACUGCAAGAGUUGAAGGAUAUUGUUUCAAAGUCUGAUUUUUCGAAGUCAUCCGUAGUUUCUCCUGAAAAGUUCACUGAAAAAUGUCACAUGCUACAGUCAACCAUUCAGAAAGAAUUAGCUCCACUUGAGAAAUUCAUAAAUUUUAUACCAACGAAUCCCCCACCUAUUCCUACUUCUCUUCCGAGAACUUCGAUUUUUACUACAUCAACAAUAACAACAACAAGGCCUAUCACAAAGGCCAUUGUUAUUGGAACUGUUGGUGGAGAGUCGAGUUCAUCUAAGCCAAAUCCAAGUGAACAAGAUAAAGACAAAGGAAAAGGUGUAAGUCAGGAGUUGUCGAAAGAAGAAAAGAAGGAUGCUCAAGAAGCUGAAAUGGCAAAACAAAUACAAAUCCAGAGUAUUCUUUAA